AUGGCCGAGCCACGCAUACCACACCUAGAUGCUGCACAUCGAGUGUUAAGGUAUGUCAAACGAACACCAGGUCAAGGAAUUUUCUUAUCAGCGAUUAGCCCUAGCCAAUUAAGGGCAUUUUGUGAUGCUGAUUGGACGCGUUGUAGAGAUACUCGAAGAUCAGUUACUGGAUAUUGCAUAUUUCUUGGUAAAUCACCUGUUUCUUGGAAGACAAAGAAGCAAACAACAGUUUCGCGAUUUUCGGCUGAGUUAGAGUACUGGUCUAUGGCAACGACUUGUUGUGAAAUCCUAUGGUUAAGUGGAGCACUCACAACCAGCCAUGUUGCAUUGCGAUAA